AUGUUUGCUGCUCUAGUAUUCAUUUUAUUUGUCUUUGUACCACAAUCGAUUAUUAGUGAACCAAAUUUUGAAACAAUUCCAUUACGCUUCGAUGUAAUUAUUGAACGAUUGCGUGAUUUUUAUCAGCAAUAUCCAGCUAUCGUAAAUGAUUUGGUGAAUACGCCCUUUGCAACAAUUCGACCGGAGUUACUUUCAACCAACAUAUUAUCUUCAAACAAUCAGAGUACUGCUUGUGCACGAGAUUUGAAAAUAUUAAUAACUGCUGCAUCUCAACGUCAAUCAUGGGCAUUGAAAGUGUUCGAUGCUUGGGGCAAGCCACUACCAUCUGGUAUAUUGAAAGGAAAUAUGUUUUGGUUAGGUAAUUAUGACGAAUGUAUUAAACCACUAUAUCAAAUAAACAAUAAAUCGUUCGUUCGACAACCAAUCGAUACUCAAUAUUGUGCUCUUCAAUCCAGUCCCAUUAACCAGCAACAAGUAACGGGUUUUAAUUUGGCAAUUGGUCUUUGUCUGCCAGCAUCUUGUACUCGUCAAUCAAUUAUCACACUCAUACACGAGAUAUUCACAGUUCGUAAUUUGACUAAAGAUAAUUUACAAUGUUCAAAUGAUCGUGCCAAUGAACAAAAUGGUCCUUCGUCGGGUACUAUUGCUUUUAGUAUUGUUCUAUUACUCUUGGCUCUAGUUGUACUGAUUGGAACAAUCAUCGAUCUUGUUGUUCAUAUGUAUAUCAAGUGGAACAAAAGUGAAAAGUUACCUAUCAACGGAUAUCAAGAUUUAUCAGAUGAGAUUUCAAACAAGAGUGUAUCACAAAAUUUAGCUGAUCAAUCAUUACAAUCUUUAACCAAAAAAAUGCCUAUCAUCGUAUUUAUGAGAGAUUUUUCAGCGAUUCGAACACUACGACAUAUUUUUACGAUAAACAGAAAAGGGCAAGAAAAUUCACUUGCAUUUCUCAAUGGUAUUCGUGUUCUUUCUCUCUUCUGGGUUAUUCUUGGUCAUUCAUUUGUUUUCAGCAUUUUUUACACAUCGAAUAUCAUCGAUAUGCUUAGUGAUACGCGUAAUUUUGCAUUUCAGUUAAUUACUAGUGCCGUUUUCAGUGUCGACACAUUUUUUCUUUUGAGUGGCUUUUUAACUGCACUACUUUUCGUUCGUCAAGUGAAAAAGGAACAACUCUCACUAAGAUUGAUAGUGCUCUACUAUAUUCAUCGAUAUCUUCGUUUGACACCGACUUUUAUUUUGGUAAUGUUUGUCAGUAUUUAUCUUACUCCGUAUUUUGGUCAUGGGCCUCUUUAUCCUGUUCAACAAGGAUUUGAGUCGACUGGUUGUCGUGAUGGUCAUUGGUGGAUUUCAUUUUUGUAUAUUGGAAACUUUUUUAAAUCUGAUAAUAUGUGUCUCGGUGUGACAUGGUAUCUUUUCAAUGACAUGCAAUUUCAUUGGAUCGCCCCACUAGCAUUAAUUCCAUUUGUGAUGAGAAAAAGAGUUAUUGGAUACAUAAUGACAAUAUUAUUUGUAUUAGUCAGUAUUGGAUCGAUCCUUGGCCUUCUUCUCUAUUAUCCUAGUUUGGUCACACAUGGUUUGGAUGUUUCAAGCAACGUGGUAAGUGAAUUAAGAAGGUUGCCUAAUGAUGUCUCUAAGAUCUGA